UGGUUCGCAGCAGAAUUUUUUACCGCAAUUUCCACCCACAACAGAACACGUUCGGUUCGUACGGUAAAUUGCACGGAAAAUCCAGCCCGGAAAACGUGGACAUCGCGUGAAAAGUGCAGCCAACGAACAAAAAUCAAAAUGCAAUGAAUUCGCGCUACAACAAGCAACAGCAAGCACACACAAAACAGAAGCAACUACAAGAAUUAAAUUGAAAACGCAACAAAAAUUCUCGGCCGCCGCGUGCUUGUUCCUACAUUUCUCCCGCUCUUUCGCCAGCAAACUGCAAUGUGUGUGUGUGCGCCGCGUGUGUGUUGGUAUUGAAUAAUAAUAAAAAGAAUACGAAUAAAGGGAAAUUUUAAUAAAACAAAAGUGAAAUUAGCACGUGCUGCCCGUUCUCGCUCUUUCUCUCUCUUUCUAAAUAUCGCGCGCGCUCUUUGCUCAAUCUUUAAGUUGUGUGUGUUGUUGUUGUAACUUUGCUUUUGCGUUUUUUGUUUUGCCUCGCUAUUCGUUCGCUCGCUCUCUCGGUCGUUCCAUUGACUGUUUUGCCGGCUCAGGCGAUUUGAUUUACAGUUUGUGGAUUUCUGGAUAAUAAUUAAAGGAAACGCAGCAGCAAAAUGGUGCAGGCAUUGGAUUACGAUUGUGAGGUGCAGGGCCAACAGGACAUACCGCAGGCCAUUCAGCUGCUGGGAGAGAUGAACAGCAAUGUGAAACAGGUGACAGAUCUGGUGGAGGGCAUGCUGCAGCGAGUGAAACGGGGAGAGCUGACCACAGAGUACGGAUUGAGUUUCCUGGAGGUCAAAUAUCACAUGCUGCUGGACUACUUGAUCAAUCUGACAUAUGUGGUGCUGCGCAAGUGCUCCGGCGAGACCAUCGAGGGUGAUCCCUCCAUCGAGCGACUCAUUGAGAUACGCACUGUGCUGGAGAAGAUCCGACCCAUAGAUCACAAGUUGCGCUACCAGAUCGACAAGCUGGUGAAGACAGCCACCACGGGCGUGUCGAGCAGUACAGAUCCCAUACUGUACAAACCGAAUCCGGAUGAGAUGAUCAGCAGCGCCGCUGGUGCAGACAAUGAUGAUGAGGAUGAGGACGACGAUGAUGCGGAGGCAGGCAGCGACAGCGAUGAAGAGGAGGAUGACGAGGGCGAAGCAGGAGCAGGAUCAGCGAAAAAGCCAAGAAAGGCAGCAACCGCUGGAAAAUCAGGAGUCUAUGUGCCGCCACGCAUCAAACCUGUGUACUACGAUGGCGAUGAAAAGGAUGCCGAUAAGGAAAAGAAGGCCUUGGACAGGGUCAAGAAGAGGGCCAUGACUUCCUCCAUGCUGCAAGACCUCAAAGAGGAAUAUCUGGAUGCCCCCACAGAGAUAUCUUCGGGCUCCAGGGCCCAACAGAUUCUCUCAAAUGCCCAAAGGGAGAAGCAGGAGUACGAGGAGACCUAUUUGAUGCGUCUGCCAGUGACCAAAGCGGAGAAGCAUCGCCAGAGAAAGCUAACCACGUUGGGCACACUGGGCGAUGAAAUUCUGGGUGAAAUUAGUCGGGAGUCGGCACUGCGUGGAGAUGGCAGCAAAAAGCGCAAAUUGGCCAAAUCCCGAGGCAAAGGCAAGAAGAAGGGCAGUGGAAAAAAGCGAAAGUUUAACUAAUCGGAGAGAUUGAUUAUGAGGACAAAAAAAAACCACUUUAAAGUGGCACAAAAUUAUAGUUUUUAAACAUUUUUAAA